CCGAAGUCGAGUUUUUGCGGCGGGAAAUAUAUCUCUGAUGCCAAGACAUCCAAAUUGCCGUUUUGAGAAAUCUACUUCAAGAUGUCUAUUAUAUAUACAUACAUAACUACAUAUAUCUACAUACUCUGUGUAUAUCUAGGUUUUACACAGCGGGGCACGCAAUGUCGAUAUAAUAUCAUCUGCUUCAAGGGCUAUUCUCUUGUUCUUUUCUUUCUCCUUCUCCUCCUCCUUCUUCCGCUCCACCUCCGUCGCCCUUUCAAACCAGCUCUCCUCAGCGCUCAGUCCCCGCGGCUCCCAUAGCAUCAUGGCCACCCAUUCGCUUCCCAUGAACUCCACCUUUCCCAGGUCGCGGAAUCCUAGUUUCUUAUAUAGGCCUCUCCCCAUGAGACUAGGCUCUAGCCCCACGGGUACAUUCUCCGCCUUCCCGUGCUCAAUCCCCCACUGCACCAGCAUCUUCCCAACCCCCCUCCGUUGAUAGCUGGGGUGAAUUGCGAGAAUGCCCACGUACCAAAGUUCCGGGAAAAUGUCUGACGGAAAGUUGCCGGCCGUUACUGAAACAACAAUGCCGUGGUGAGUGAGAUGGAGCAUAUGCGCAUGCAUGUAUAUGGAAGAGUAUUUACGAACACCACCCGCGACUUUCUUUUUCCUCCUUCCAUCUCCUGGCAGCUGGAGAGUCACCGACGCGUUUCCAGGCGCAGUAGCCCACAACUUUCCCUCCUCGUCCACUGCCCUGGCAAUGCGCCUGACCCUGUUCUGUCCCUAUCUCAUCUUCGGGGUCGGUGGCAGCCACAUACAGGACCCAUCCAGGCGACGAGAACCGUAUCCUCGUUCGUAGCAGGAAAUUAGCCCGGUAUUCGGAAUAGUACUUCACCCGGUUUGGAGCGAGAUAGGCCCAGACUUCAUCAUGAAGCAUCGCAUCGGCCACAAUUGUAGCGACAUCCGGGAUGUCCGCUGCUUCGAGUGGGCGUAUAUGCAUUUCUUUGUUCGCUGCGCGGCCUGGAGGAUUCGAACAGUUUGUUCAUGUUCGUGAUGGAUUUGACUUCAUGAGGAGCGCUCUGUAGAUCAUCCUUCAACGGCUGAGCUAGGCUAGAGGGAUGAGUCCUCCGCCCUUUACUCGCAGGGCAUCAGCGAUUCUCAUAUGGGUUUUGCUGAAGAAUCCCACCACACUUCCUGUCGCGACACCAUUUACUGUGGAUAAUGGAUUUCUGAACAUAUAUCUGGUCCCAAGACCGGUGAUAUAAGUCACACCUGCCCGUAUCGUUACGGACGAAAGAAAUGCUGGACCUCGGCAGGAUUGGAUUUCCCACGCUGUUGAGAAAGCCAGCGAACUAAUUCGCGAGAAAGCUAAAAAAGCCUCAAUCAAGCGAUUCAAUUGUUCGGUUAUUUCUAUUUCCAACUCCACACAUCAAACGAAUCCGCCGGCCCGGGACCAAUUGUCCCAUUGACCGUUUCACGCGCCAAACCUCCGCCAAACCUUCUCUAAGAGCAGAAGGUCUAUGCUGCGAUUCACGAGAGUCUGUUGGUAACGCCACCAGCCACGGGCCUCUGCCGCUCAUUAUUCAUAUGACCUGACGUCUCCAAGUCUUCACCAUGUUGUCAAUAAUGUCGAAUCAUGACGGGCGCCCGUCACGCUGACGCUUCGGCCCCACGCCCACCCUAACUCGCCAAACUUUUCUCCUUUCAUGGUAGACACUCCGGAGCUGCCAAGCGGUUUGCCGAAUGACACGCAACCCAAGAACUGGAAAAGCCUAGCGAUGAAGAUCAUGCUGUUUAAGCUAAUGAGAGGUUCUCUUUGCCGAAAUCCGUUCCUUCAAGAAUCAAAGCUCCAACUGGCUGCUAGCCGGCGGGCGGGUGGGUAGGGAGGUUGUUCGGCAUUUCCUGAGCAUCGACUGGACCCUCUAGUCCUAGUGUCAGCUUGAACCCUCAUUCUGGUCAGACGUUCAACCACAUGGCCGACAAGGCGUUUUCUACACGAUUCCUUUUGGCUGUGUUCGUCUACGGACGUAUCUCACUGGGCUCGUUGGAUUCGGUCUGUCCAAUCCUUCCGUUUCACAUUUUGCUUCUAGCCAGCAAGGUGGGCGAGCCGUGCUUUGCUAGCUACAGCAAUUGAAGCGGACUUUGCAAAAUGGGGUAGUUAAAUAUAAAACUUCAAGAGAGCCGGUGCCUCUUGAAUUCCUUUCUUGCUCAGUCAGGGAAAUUGUUGAUUUUAAUUGCUGCUGUUUUUUUUCUUUCCAAUAACUAUCUCUGUCGAACAUCGUUUAACGUAACUCGGAGAUUUUGCUUUUGUUCUAGUUGCUCUCGCUCAGCGUUAAAGAAUCUUCAUAAAAUUCUGCAUCCUAUUCAAUUAUACAGUUCACCACUUUGAAGCACCGUCUUAUGACGAGUUCCCUGCGACAGGUAGUUUCUUCUAGAAAGCGCCUCACUCAGAUUACUACCGCUCAUACCAUGGGCGCCGUGGAUACUUCAACCAAGUCAUCCAAUGACUGGCCCAACCAUCAGGGCUUCAACUCUACAUACGAAGAAAGAACCCCGGUUGAGCUCAAGGUCACUGGAGACAUACCUGCAUGGGCAGCGGGAGUUCUAUACCGCACCGGCACAGGACGCAGUGAAAUAGAAACGGACCAAAGGCAAACCUUUAAGGUAGCCCACUGGUUCGAUGGACUGGCUGUGGUCCAUAGAUUCCAAAUUCUGCCACCAGAUGCAACGCAUCCUUCGGUCCGCGUUUUCUAUAACUCCAGAAGCUGCUGCGACGGAUUGAUCGAGAGGAUUAGGAAGACCGGCAAAGGCAAUGAGAUGUCAUUCGCCGCUAAAUAUGACCCCUGCACCAGCUAUUUCCAGAAGGCUAUGUCUCUGUUUCGACCUGCGCCGCCAAAGACACCUGGAGCAGAUCAGCAAUCCAUGUCCAUUACCCUAUCGGUCAAUUUCCCUGGCCUCGGCAGCAGCACGACUACACAGAAGACCUCUGGACAUGCCUCUGGCAUACACACAUUAACCAACAAGACAGACGCCGCGGUCUUUCAAACCCUAGACCCUGAAACUCUAGAACCCAUCGGCUUAGCCUCACAGCAAGUCCUUCACCCCGCCUUAAAAGGCCCCAUAUCCGCCGCCCACGCCAAGUCAGACCCGGCCACAGGCGAUGUCUACAAUUUCAACCUGGAACUGGGCAAGUGCCCAAUCUAUCGCAUCUUCCACGUCUCAGCCGCCACGGGCAAAACCUCCGUCCUGGCAACUCUCACCAAUGCACGCGCCGCGUACCUGCAUUCCCUCUUCCUCACAGAACACUACGUUAUUCUCUGCGUCUGGAACUCCUACUUUACCGCAGGUGGCCUGGCAAUUCUCUGGCACAAGAACAUUGUCGACGCCAUUGCCGACUACGACCCCUCCAAGAAAUCCACUUGGUAUGUCAUCGACCGCCGCCCUACCGAUCAGGGUGGCAGGGGCCUCGUAGCUACCUAUAAAAGCGACCCAUUCUUCUGCUUCCACACGGUCAACGCGUACGAGGAGCCGUCGCCUGAUGGCAGUGGGGACAUCGACAUCGUCGCAGACCUAACCACUUACAACAACCUCGACAUAAUCAAACGCUUCUACCUCUCAAACAUCGUCUCCACUUCCCCCAACGCCGCCAAAUACGCAGCAGGAAUAGACCCGGCCUCCCGCGCCAUCUACAAACGGUUCCGCCUCCCAUCAGUCCCAGUGCCGUCACCAUCCUCAUCAACGCCUACGCCAUCAAAAGCAUCCAAACCCAAGCGCGCCAUCCUAGACUUCAAAAACGAGGCUGCUAACACCCCCGAACUCCCCACCCUAAACCCACACUACGUCACGCGCCGUCAUCGCUACGUCUACGGUGUCACGGACUCGGGCAAAUCGAGCUUCCUCGACGGCCUUGUCAAGGUCGACACGGAGACCAAGCAAACCAUCCAUUGGAAAGAAUGGGGCCAGAACCCGGGCGAGCCGAUAUUCGUGCCGAGACGGAUAAUUCCAAGACAGGAGGGCGAAAGCGGGAGUGAAAAUGACAGUGAAGACGCGGUAGGGGAAGUGGAAAAGGAAGUGGAUGCUGACGUGUUUGAUGAGGAUGACGGCGUGCUGUUGUCCGUCGUAUUGGAUGGGCUGAAGGGGAAGUCGUAUUUGCUUGUUCUUGACGCGAAGAAUUUGAAGGAGGUUGGCAGAGCGGAGGUUGCUGGGCCCAUUGGGUUCGGGUUUCAUGGCACGCAUGUUUCGGCGAUGAGCGGAGGGAGGGGGUUGGAUUAUUAGGAGUGAUGGUUGCUUUUGCUACAUAUUUUCAUCCCCUACGAAUUCCGCCUUUCUUUCAGAGGCCAAGCGGUUGAAUUGGAGGGGCUUCUUUUCGACUUUGUCUGAGCUUAGGGUUUCAUCCCUUUUCUUAUUUUUAUUUUUUUUUUAUUUUUUUAUUUUAUUUUUUUCCCGCAAAUUGGUCACUCCUCUCCACUAACGAUACAUGUCACGUAUUCCUAUUUAAUAAUAACGUAUGAUACCAGGAAUGCCUUUAUCAGAGCUGAAGACUUUCAGUUCACUACUAACUAGGUUAUCAACGAUAUAUUCAUUAUGCUAUGUAACUUAAUAUCAACACUCAAAGCGUGCUCUUUUGCCUCCUUCUUUCAUUUUCCAUUCUGGAAAUUUCGUUGUUAACUGAGUUAUACGGGCGAGGCUGG